UCUCGUAAGUGCGACUCUUCAGCGUUCCGCUGAAAGCAGCAUCGGUGUCCUGCUGUGCAUGCGUGUGUGUGAACGUGCAGGGUAGGAAAGAUGGCGGCCUCUGCGUUACGCCGAGGCUUGCUAAGCACUGUCAGUAAAUACAAUAAGAAACACGCACACAGGAUACUGAGUGUCGCAGACAGCAGUAGCGGCUUUGAGGCGUACAGACCGCGGUUACAAUGUCGAGGCUGCGGACUUUCCGGCGGUGUUCAACAGAGGAGGUUCAUGUCGUCACGGAACAGGCCUGAAGGGAAGAUUUUGGAGACAGUGGGAGUGUUUGAGGCUGUGAAGCAGCACGGCAAAUAUGAAACGGGACAACUGUUUCUCCACAGUGUGUUUGGCUACAGAGGCAUCGUCUUGUUUCCCUGGCAUGCACGACUCUAUGACAGAGACAUCACCCCUCCCAUGUCUGACAGCAAACCUGAGCCCCCAGGAGCCCAUGGUUCCAAGGAGGUGAAGGGGAAGACUCACACCUACUACCAAGUCUUGAUUGACACCAGGGAUUGCCCUCACAUAUCUCAGAGGUCUCAGACAGAGGCAGUGACGUUUCUGGCCAACCAUGAUGACAGCAGAGCCCUGUAUGCCAUCCCAGGUCUGGACUAUGUGAGCCAUGAAGACAUCCUGCCCUAUAACUCUACAGAGCAGGUCCCCAUCCAGCAUGAGUUGUUUGAGCGCUUCCUCAUGUACAACCCUGCCAAAUCUCCUCCAUUCACCGCCAGAGACACCCUGAAGGCAUGGCAGGAGAAAAACCACCCCUGGCUAGAGCUCUCAGACGUCCACAGGGAGACCACAGAGAGCAUCCGAGUCACCGUCAUCCCCUUCUACAUGGGCAUGAGGGAGGCCCAGAACUCCCAUGUUUACUGGUGGCGAUACUGUAUCCGUCUGGAGAACAUGGGCAAUGAGGUGGUUCAGCUGAGAGAGAGGCACUGGAGGAUCUUCAGCCUGUCGGGAACCCUGGAGACGGUCCGAGGACGAGGAGUCGUAGGCAGGGAGCCGGUGUUGUCUAAAGAGCAGCCAGCCUUUCAGUACAGCAGCCAUGUGUCUCUACAGGCCCCCAGUGGUCAUAUGUGGGGGACGUUUCGUAUUGAAAGGACUGACGGCUCCCACUUUGAUGUUCGCAUUCCUCCUUUCUCCCUGGAGAGCAACAAAGAUGACAAAGCACCCCCCGCUGGCUACACAUUCUAACUGCGAGUAGUCAACUCCCAUCUGUGAGGCCCGGACAUGCAGUCAGUCCUGGAUGUGCCUGGGUUGUCUAGAAUUGUCCUCCUCUGUCUUUGCCUCAGCCUUCAGCAUAAGAAUAGUGUGUCAGGUUAUGCAAAAGGAAAAUAUAGCAUUUUCUAGAUCAUCUUCUAAAAGCAGGGCAACCUGGCCUUUUUUUCUGUCAGAGUGCACCCAACAGCAGUAUGUCAUUGAUUAAAUCUUAUAGGGUAGAAAAACCAAUGCGCCCUCACUCCAUGUUGUGUUUGAAGAGGCAUGCCGGGCUUGUGGAAGAGAACGGGGAGGCAGUGAGGGGAGUUAAUGUUGCCAAGCAGAGCUGGGCAUGCUCUGCACCAAGCAGCUGAAAUAUUGACUAGGUUGUUUUUAUAGUUGGAGAAUUUCCCAUUGAGCUCUGGAUUCAUGAAAAGAGCAGCAUCUCCAGCUGAACUUAACAGGGGCCUCAGUUGGUUACUUCAAUUCAACCAGAAAGCCAUCACUGAAACUACACAUUAAAAAAUACCUCCUUCCAUAAUGAUCUUCCUGUUGGGAUUUCUGAAAACAUAAGACUUUUAUCCUGAACCCGUUUUCCUGCCAACAGUUUUUUUAAGCAUAAAACUAUCCUGUCACACACUAGUAAUGUCUGGCCUCUGUGGGACACUUAUGAGAGGGAAAUCUGAUUGAAGUCUGAGCUGGUUACAUUGCAGAAGUAUUUUCGUCUUACAACACAGAAGCACAGUGGAUGGAAUUAGGAUCUGUUUGACACUGAUCAACAGAAAAAGACUCUUAAAUAUCAAAGUGAAUUCAGAUCUCUUCAAAUGAAUAUAAGUUAAAAAAAAAAAAAACAGUAAUUUUCAAUGUCAGUGUUCAGUUUCGCCACCUUUUAGCAGUAGUAACAGCCUUGAGUCUGUAAAGAGGUUUCUCUGAGCUUUGCGCACCUCAGUACUGAAAUUUUCCCCCAUUCGUUAGUGUAAAACUCCUUAAACUCUGUCAGAUAGCAGCUGUCAUCCUACACAUUCUGGAUUAAAUGUACCCACUUCACAAGAUUUGUGGUGGUGUUUUGAAGCCACCCGGACCAUCUGUAAAGUAGCAUCUCCAUGCGGCCACCACCAGACUUUAUGCUGCGUUCAUGUCAUAUGGGAAGGAUGGCAGAGAUGGAAAAGUUCCCAUGUUUGCAACUUGAGUGUUCACAUCAUAGGACAACUCAAAAUCGUUGUAUAAUGACAAACUCGGUUUGUGAGGGUUCAAAAUACUGUACAUUGACAAUAUAACACUAUUAAAAAAUUACAUUGACCGUUGGGCAUAACCUGAUGUAAGGCGUCCAUGUUUGUUUAUUUUUCAGGCACUUGCGUAUUAUUAAGCCCCACGUUGGGUACAAGUUGGAAACCUAGAAUUACGGCCAUUCAGUAUUAUAGUGGGACGCUUAAUUACGAUCAUUUUUACAGAGAUCUGGUUUCUCUUGGUCAUUAAAGUCAUAUUUUCUUGAUCAAUGCAUUAAUUAUAUUCACUGAUUCAGUGGUGUGAAAGAUCAAUCUAAAGUAAAGGAGGGCUGAAUACUUUCUUUAUAAGUAGUGUAUGUGUUCACAACCAAAAGUGAGUCCUUCCUUUCCUUGAAAGUAGGGGAGGGUCAGGUCUUAGUUACCUUUGAAUAGCAAAUGCAGCACACCAUAUAGUAAUUAAACCAAGCAGUUGGGAGCCAGUGUUGUGGCUAACAGGAGAGAAGUGUGUGUGUGUGUGUGUGUGUGUGUGUGUGACACGUGUGUAUCUUCCUCUCUGCAGUCUGCUCCUUGUAAAAACCAGAAUGAAGUCUUCAGCCUGUACACAUAAGCUGGAUGUCUUUUGUUAAGGCCGACUGUUUGAUUUUGCAAGCUCUGUGACAAGGAAAGUAAUGAGCCUAAAAUUUCUCACUGGUAAAGUGGGAACAUAAAAUGACAUUUUUGUUUUGAUAACUGAUUUGAAACAACUAUGAUGGUUGAAAUAUUACUGUAAAUAGAGAUGUAAUUAAAGGCAAAGCAAAUAAAUAUACCUUUUGAAAAAUA